AUGAAUUCUCCUGAUUCGGGCAGCAUUAGAUUAAAGUGGAAAAGGUUCGUGUCCAUUCAUCGGAAGGAUUUCAACACAGUGGGAAAAUUUGCUGUGUGCUCGGAGCAUUUUACAAGGGAUUGUUUUACGCUUGCUUUUGCGAUGAAAGGCAUGAAAAGGAAUUUGAAGAAGGGGACGCUUCCAACCAUUUGGAAAAAAUCCUCUCAAACACUAUCAAAGCGGAGCCGACGAUCGGUGAGUGAAAUUACAAUGUAUUUGCGCUGUGCUUAUCACCAUUAUAUUUAUUUCCCCAUUUACCUGUGACAUGAUUUUUUCUGGCAUCGUUGUUCAAUAUUCGUGUAAUGAAUGCUCUGACUAUUUGGACUUCCCAUAUUGUUGCAUGUGUUUUCAUACUUUUCUGCUUUCUUCUCAUAGUUAUAGUAAAACGGGCAUUUGCGCUGAGUGGACGUGAAGUCAAUUCCCCAAUUCCCAGACCUUUCCACUCAAGCGUAAAAUUUAGAAAAAGUGAAGCUACAUAGAAAUCCGGCUCUCUAUUUUUUGAGAGAUUAUCUUGCUGUUACUUUGAGAUUUGACAGUACUCCAAACUUCCCUCCAAAAUGGACUUAGUCUGAUUUCUACAUUCUAUAAGUUCAGUUACUGUUUGCGGGUUUUUUUUCGUUUGUAUUUUAAUUCUAUUUUCACUGUCUGCAAAUGAAGCAUACAUUUUAAGGCAAAGAUGCGGUUAAACCUUGCUUCCAUUUCUACUUUUGAAAACAUCGACAUAAAGCUCAAAUUUAAACUUGUUUUGAAGGGGAGAUAUAAAAAAUGGUCGUACCUAUUUUCAUUUUUAGCUACUAAAUGAAAUUCUGGCUGGUCAAACUACUAAUGAGGAUGCAGAGGAAGAAGACAAUCCUGAAGAAGAGUUGAUCUCUUUGAAAGGAAGUUCUGCACCUGAGGAGAGUGCUGACACUAUGGGGGCUCCCAAUCUCAACCCUGAGGAGUCUCCAGAAGUCAAGGGUGUUCUGAACACAAGUCAGGGUUCUUUGCUUGAGGUAAAUCCUGAAAAGGGGGGCUGCAUCCCUGAGACUGAGACUGGUGAGAUAAGUGUUGAUGCUGAGAUGGCUUCAGAGGUCCAAGGUACUCCUGGUGAUAAGACAACUAUCGAGAGCCAAGGGAUUUCCGGCACUGAUGAGGUUACUGAGACCAUGCAGAUCCUGGAGGCUCAGGGAAUCGAAAAACUGCAGGAUAUGGAUGAAGUUAUGCAGAUUGAUAAAUCAUUAACGAUUCCUGAACUUGAACAGGUUUCUAUGGUAGGCGCAUAACUCUAAUUAAUGUUUAUUUGCAUCGUUGUAUUAUCAUAACAAUGGCAAACUGCAUGUGCAGUUAUUUUACAACAAUACUGAAACACAAAAAUUCUGAAGUCUUGUUAUUACAGCCUGUAUUAAUGUUGAAAGUUUGUUUUUUGUAGGAUACUCCAACUGGACAUGCUGGGAACUGCACAACAUGCAAAACCCUGAGGAGUGAGGUGACUCAAAGUCACAAGCAAAGUCACAAGCCUGAAGAGUAA